AUGUCAAUUGAAUAUCAAAAUCUUCGCCAAGCACUUUCACUUAAACUCAAAGUCACUACAUUAUUAGAUCAGGAGAUAGUUGGAUUCAUCUACACAUUUUCAUCUUCAAAUGAAGUACUAGUCUUAAUCACCAGCAAUCAGGCCAGUGACAACCACCACUCGUCUUCGUCAUCAUCUCCACCACCACCAGCACCACCAUUACCACCCUCAGUCAAUCAAACCAACACAUAUCGCAUUAUUAAUACGUCUUUUAUCAAAAGUAUACAAGUUUUGAAUCCACCGCAGCUGAAAAAGACAAUACCGAAGCCACCCAAGAAUGUCAACCCUGUAAUGGAGUCAAUCAAUGUGAAGGAUUUAGAAGAGUUUUUACGAGAGCAAAUCCAGACUUACAACGCUUCCACAGUGGAAAGUGCCUCAAAUUCAACAAAUGAGGUAAAAUCGCAUAAAGGGUCAUCCAAAACUCACAAGAGUGGGCCACCUGCGCAGCAACUGCACGCACAGCAAACAUCUCCGAUCCCACAACAACACCCACAACAGCAUCAGCAACAGAAUCAGCAUCAGCAACAUCGUCACCAACAUAGCCAAAAAUCAAUUGCUAUUCAACUACAUGACAAAUUGCUGGCAUGGUUCGGUAGUGACAAUGUAACGUAUGGAAACCAAAAGCGUACUGAGAUCAUCAUACACAAUGACAUCAAGUUGGUCAAACCGUUUACAAACACGCAAAAGAAUGUUCAAGUUUUGAACAAACAAACAAAGCAUUUACCUGCAUUAACGCGAGCAUUGAAGCAGUUUUGGGAUAGCAUAGAUAACGAAAAGAAAGGGGGCUAA